AUGCUCUUUGAUUCCAUCCAGAAAAGAUACAUGCGCCUGGUGGCCGAAGUGAUGCACGAGAAUACUUCAGACGGAAACUCUGAGCAUAACUCUUCGGGUGAUGAAGAUUCCCAACUGCGAUUGAGGCUCAAGAGGAAGCUCCAGAGGAACAGGACGUCGUUCACUAAUGAGCAGAUCGAUAGUUUGGAGAAAGAAUUCGAACGGACCCACUAUCCAGACGUGUUUGCCAGGGAGCGGUUAGCAGAGAAAAUUGGAUUACCUGAGGCACGUAUCCAGGGACGUAUUCCUCGCAUGAAAAUAAGGCAAGAAGUUGAUGCUAUUGAUAAGGUUCCGAAAAUACUUCCUCAGGGAGCUAUGCCCCUUUGA